AUGGAUGUCCCGGGGAACCGUACGACACAGCUGCCGAAAAAAUUGUGGCGUGAUUCGAGAGCUGCCUUGGAGACGAGUGAAGCAAUAGUGGAUGCAAACGAAAACACCCAAGAGAACCAGGCGUUCUCUCCUGUGAGGGACAAGCCAUCUGCGAAACUGUCAAAGAAGGCUUCGGAGUUUCCGACAUCUUCCUUGAAGCACGAUAUAUAUUAUCGCGUCGAGCAGGCAGGCCCGGGAUUCUUUGCGAUUCGAGACGCACCUUUCUUACCAGCGUGUACGAUCAAAGAGUGUCAAAAACUAACGCGUCGUAGCGUCCAGCAGCUAUCACAUGCAGAGCACAAAAACCUUGUUUCUCUUCUGGGCUUUUUCAAGUCAGAUAGUCAUGGAUAUCUCGUUUAUCAAUAUGAGCACAUCCCGAUUUCUCUGGGCUGUAUUGCUGGAGUUGUACGGCUCAAGUUAAAGAUAUCGCACGGCUCGAUUCAGAGUAACAACAUCUUGUUGACGUACACCAGUGAGGUAAAGAUCGCCAAUAUCGGCGAUAGCAUGCUUCAGGGAAUGACAUUGCGGGACCGAGAGAAGGACAUCAGGGCUGUGGGAUCAAUGGUGAUCGGAUUAAACGAUUGUUCCACGAUAGUAAGAGGGGAAGCCCCCCAGUCCGUUCCGGCAACAGCAGACCUGUCUUUAUCCGCCCGUAAUUUUGUAGAGAACACAAGAAAACGGACCGUCAAGGAACUCCUCAAGGAUGAUUUUAUACAAAUGGCAACCCCCGGUGGAUCAUGGAGCCUUAGGCCGUAUUACUUCGAAGCUCUGCCUUUUGGAUUCUACGAUUUGGAACAUGUUUCUAGUAAGUCCGACUGUUCGGACCAAGUCUCUGGUCAUGGACAGAGAAAUGACUGCCGUGCGAAAUGGCCAAAUUAUAGACGUAUUCGUCUUCCAGAAAAGGCCACCGAGGGCUUUGUGCGAAUAGGACGGCCAGGGCCGGAAUACGUGGCCUCUUGGAAGAUAGGGAACAUCGGGUACAUUGGCUUGAAAAGAUCUGAGUAUUCCCUUUCUCUGAUCCAAAAGAGGAUUCUGAACACAGAAUGGGAGUCUGUACGUACCCUUAGAUCCACCGACCAUGUGAACUUGAUCAAUCUGGUGGAAGCGUUCGAGGAUGGCUCCCUUUAUCUGGUUUACAACUACCAUGGGUUCACAGUUGACCUUGCGAGAGUAUGUGCACGGCCUCAGGUUCGUUUUACUGAGGAGGAAAUUGCCGUGAUCUGCAAAUAUACCAUCCAUGGGCUUCAAUACAUCCAUGACAUCUUGAAUGUCGCACACGGAGAUCUCUCAUUGCGCAACAUUGUUCUCCAUGAUGACGGACAAAUCAGGAUCGCAAAUAUUGGAAAUAGUCUCCUGAAAAAUGGCCGAGACAAGCGCAAAGAUCUCAAGAAUUUAGGAUACUUGAUAGCUCGACUCAGUGACCCUGAUACUGUCCUAAGGAGUGAUAUUGAGAACGCGAGGAACGUAUCUCAACGAGGAAAAGAUUUUCUUGCAAUUCUCCCGUCUGCUUCAUAUAGGAGAAUAUUUCAGCAUGAAUUCUUACAGCAGGCACGUGUUGAUGGGGGCUCAAGGAUCUUGAUUCCCCAUUAUCUGAACACCAUCGGCUUUGCAUGGCCUCUGCCAUUAGCUGUGGCCGAGGAGUCCUCUGACAUAUAA